CUGUUGGCUUUAGAUUAUAUAGUAUUGUAUAGUAUAUUAAAUCAAUCCUAGUCUUGAAGCGUGAUUAUGGAGACCAGGCUUAACCAGCUACAGGACUUGGCCAAGAGUCCUGUCCCCCAGCAUGCCCAUUUCAUCAUUCUGGCUGACUAAGAAGAUGUUUUCCUUCAAGGUGAGCAAAUGGAUGGGACUUGCUUGCCUCCGGUCAGUGGUAGUCUCACCUAGUAUUCGACAGAAGAAACUGAUUCACAAGCGGCAAGAGGAAAAGACUUUUCGAGAAGUGAUGAAGAUUUUCCAUGAGAAAAUACAAGACUUCAGGGAAGAAAUAGGAAAUUUUCGAGGCAAGAUCCAUGCUUUCCGGGGCCAGAUGCUGGAUUUUGGGGAAAUGGAGAAACCUUUCUGGGAAGAGGAGAAAACUUUCUGGAAAGAGGAAAAAACUUUUUGGGAAAUGGAAAAAUCUUUCCGGGAAGAAGAAAAAACAUUUUGGAAAAAAUACCGUACCUUCUGGAAGCAGGAUAAGGCCUUCUGGAAAGAGGACAAUGCCUUAUGGGAAAGAGACCGAAAACUUCUUCAGGAGGACAAGGCCUUGUGGGAAGAAGAAAAGGCCCUGUGGGUAGAGGAAAAAGCCCUCCUUAAGGAGGAGAAGGCCCUGUGGGAAGACAAAAAAUCCCUUUGGGAGGAAGAGAAUGCCCUGUGGGAGGAAGAGAAAGCAUUCUGGGUGGAAGGCGGCAAUAUUCGCAUGGAGCAGAUGCCCCAGGACAGGCUGCAAAUGCCAGCCUUUUCUCGAGGCCCCGCAUAGUGACCACAAAACAUGCAGAGUCAAGGGAUCCAGACUCUACUGGAUUGAGACCCAAGUUCACAGUGUGACACCCAAGGCCAGAGAAAAUAUGCACUUAUUU